UUUGUUACUCUUCUGGCCAGCUGCAUGUUAUUUGUUAAUCGGCUGGUUAUAACACUUUAUGAAUUAGAAUUAAUCACUGACGAUGCUGCGAUCGAGGAUUUCCUGCGCACUGCCACCCAGGAGACUGGUGUCCUACUUCUCGGCGGAAUUCAACAAGGUGGCGCACGAGGGACCGGCAAAAUUCGCCACAAGCAGCAGUCAUGCCGUAACGAGUGUGGAUUUGGAUCUGUUUGUCAAUCCGGAUAACCGGCCCAUGGACCUGGUGGAUCGGCUGCUCAAGCUCAGGAAACAGAAGGAGGCCAGUUUGGUGCCGCUGCUUCCCAGUGUCUUGGUCAAGCAAUUGCUGGACUCUACCAAUCCCCAGGAGGCGAUAUCGGUGCUCCGUAAUCCCAUCCAGUACGGCCUCUUUGUGGACCAGUUCUCCGGCUGCUUCCUGUUGGACUUCCUGCUGCACAAUGGCCACGCGGUGGAAUCGGCGCAACUGGCCACCAUUCUCGUGGACAGAAACUUAUGCAACAACGAGUUGCUGGAGUCCCUGGCCCUCCAGUCCUUCUGGUCCUUCGCCAAGGACUUCAAGCCCUUCGAGUCCUCUCAAGUUGAACCUCCUGCCAAAAAUGCUGAAGUGGAAAAAGUUCGUGUGAAGUUCAUUCGCAAUUAUCCCGACGAUGCCAGCGAAAACACCGAAGAGAAGAAACUGGGUCGGGCCAUGGUUCGAUUGGGCUCCGGCGAAGGGUCCUUGAAAGAACUGAAGCAGAACGUUGCCCUACUUGGCUAUGUCAUUUCCGGACAAGUGCCUGAGGCCUCCAGCUUUCUGACCUCGAACACAGCUGCGCUGCACAAGGAGACUUUAUCAGCCGCACAGAACAUAGUUGAAAGCCUUAAGCUGGAGGGAUCCGAAGACUUGCUGAAGUCCCUGCAGGAAGCCCUGGAUAAGAGUACCAAAUCGAAUGCCAUUCAAUCGCUGCUGGAGAACAGCGUCAAAGCCAGUGUUCAGAAGUUUGAGCCCAAGCUGCUGGCCGACUACGGCGAGUCCUAUCAGGAGUGGGCCAAGAAGUUCGAGGCGGCGGUACAGCGCCAACUGGAGGCCCAGAGUGUGGACGAGCGCAAGGCCAGCAUCCAGAAGACCCUCAGCGAACUGGAGGCCAAGCGCCAGAACCUGUGGUUCUUCGAGAACAGGGAGGACAUCGACAUCCAGAUCUUCAAGAAGAAGGUCCGCUAUCCCAAGCGCUGGUUUGGCAAAAAGAAGAAGCCCAAGGCAGCUGAUACCUUCUAUGUGCCGCCGAAUAUCACGCACAACGGCUAGUCCUCGACCCCUGUCAACCCGUGGCCACAAACAAGUUAGAUCCAAUUGUUUUUAAGCUUUAAUUAAACUACUGGAGAGUUAAUCCAAA